AUGCUUGCAAGCCUCAAAUCUGAAGAAUCCAGCGGCCAGAUGCAGCUGGUUGAACGAGAAGAAAUGGAAGAUGAAGAAGAUCUCUUCGAAGCUAUCGACAAGCUGAUUUCCCAAGGCAUUAAUGCUGGAGAUGUGAAGAAGCUUCAGGACGCAGGGAUCUUUACAUGCAAUGGCUUAAUGAUGCACACGAAGAAGAACUUGACUGGAAUCAAAGGUUUAUCUGAGGCUAAGGUUGAUAAGAUCUGUGAAGCUGCUGAGAAGCUUGUGAAUUCUGGUUAUAUUACCGGGAGUGAUGCACUGCUCAAAAGAAAGUCUGUGGUCAAAAUUACAACUGGAAGCCAAGCGCUUGAUGAAUUGCUAGGAGGUGGAAUCGAGACACUGUCGAUUACAGAAGCAUUUGGAGAAUUCCGAUCUGGGAAAACACAAUUAGCUCAUACUCUCUGUGUUUCCACUCAGCUGCCAACUAAUAUGAAGGGAGGCAACGGAAAAGUUGCUUACAUAGACACCGAAGGGACUUUUCGACCUGACAGAAUUGUUGCCAUAGCUGAGAGAUUUGGCAUGGAUCCAGGGGCUGUAUUGGACAAUAUCAUCUAUGCUCGUGCCUACACUUAUGAGCAUCAGUAUAACCUCCUCCUUGGUUUGGCUGCAAAAAUGGCUGAAGAACCUUUCAGACUUUUGAUUGUGGAUUCUGUGAUUGCUCUUUUUCGGGUGGACUUCACUGGAAGAGGAGAACUUGCUGAACGCCAGCAAAAAUUGGCACAGAUGCUUUCCCGCAUGAUUAAGAUUGCUGAGGAAUUCAAUGUUGCAGUUUAUAUGACAAAUCAAGUCAUAGCUGAUCCAGGAGGUGGUAUGUUCAUAACUGAUCCAAAGAAACCAGCAGGAGGCCACGUGCUAGCUCAUGCAGCCACAAUAAGGCUGAUGUUCAGGAAAGGGAAAGGUGAACAGCGUGUGUGCAAAGUGUUUGACGCACCAAACCUGCCAGAGGCUGAAGCAGUGUUCCAGAUAACACCAGGGGGCAUUGCUGAUGCAAAGGACUGA